GUGAGUGGAAUCAUUGGUAGACGUGUCGAGUUGAUGGAGUUUUACGACACAGCAGAAAACAGUCAGCUGAUGAUUUCUUCUUGAAAGUAUUGAUGUGGCUGGUAUGAAUGAGAGUCAACUUUUCAACAAGUGAUACUGCAGUUGUAUUCAUUAACAAAAAUGUCAGAAUAUGAGAACAUUCUACAUAAAAUUGGCUCUUUUGGGCCAUUCCAGAGGCGUGUAUUCGUCUUGGUGAGCAUGUUCGAAACCCCAGCAGCCUGGGCCAUGUUACUCCCAAUAAUUCUACAUGCCACUCCUGAUUGGACAUGUUCAGGUUUUGGACACAACAAUACUUCCUCUGUGAACCUGUCUGAAGCCACUAAUUCCAGUUCAUUGAUGGUCAACAAGUGCCUACCAGACGGAAUGCAGUGCCCAGGACUACAGUUUGAUGGGUCAUUCACUUCCAUAGUUAGUGAGUGGCAGCUCGUCUGUGACAAGAGCAAGUUGACAAAAAUCAUCUCUACAAUACAAAUGUGUGGUGUGUUGCUUGGGGCAUUAAUCACAGGCCAGUUAGCUGACAUAUUUGGACGUCGCAAAGUUUUAUUUCUGGCCUACAUUACCAUGCUGAUUGUCUCCCUUGGCAGCGCAUUCUCUCCCGGCUGGCAGGUUUUUGCAGCUUUGCGAUUUCUGACUGGUGGAUUGGUGGGUGGGGUGAUGGUUGUAAACUUUGUGCUGCCACUGGAGUUUGUGACCCCAAGCUGGCGGACAUUUUGUGGUUGUGUUGGUUUCUGGGCAAUAGGACUGAUGACCCUUGCUCUGUGGGGGUUCUUUUUACGUGACUGGAGGACACUUGUCAUGGCUACAGCACUUACUGGGUUACCCAUGCUACUGUCCUGGAGGUUUGUACCAGAAAGUCCUCGAUGGUUGCUAAGCAAAGGAAGAUUUGCUGAAGCCAAAGUUUUGCUCAUGUCAAUGGCUGAUUAUAACAGUGCCACACUGUCAGAAGAGGAUUUUGAACAGCUUCACAUCUAUACAAAGAGGGAGCAAGAGUCAUUGGUGGAGAAGAAGCAGUAUAACUAUCUACACUUGUUUAAAACAAGGACCAUGGCAAAACACACACUUAUUGUGAUGUAUGCAUGGUUUGUGUCUAGUUCUGUAUAUUAUGGGUUGAACUUCAAUACCAGUAACCUUGCUGGAGACCUUUACAUCAACACAUUCACAGCUGGUCUUGUUGAGAUCCCAGCUCUCAUUUACGUUAUCGUUGUCAACAACCGUAUAGGACGUCGCUGGACAAUAGCUUCCUUAAUGAUCUUGGCUGGAAUUGCUUGCUUUGUCAUCUUCAUAAUUGAUCUCACAGGAAAUAUGGAGUCCAUGCAGAUACUAGUUAUUGUGUUUGCUAUGGUAGGAAAGUCAGGAAUCUCUGGAGGAUGGGCAGCUGUCCAGGUUUCAUCUGCUGAGAAUUUUCCAACAAUUAUUAGAAACAUAGGGAUUGCGGCCUGUUCCAUGGCAGCACGUGUAGGAGGUAUUGUAGCACCACAGAUCAAUCAAUUGAAUUAUUAUUCCAAGGCACUGCCAUUCACUGUGUUUGGAAGCCUGGCACUGCUGUGUGGAUUAUUAGUUCUGUUUUUGCCAGAAACAGCUGGAAAGCCCUUGCCGGAUAAUCUAGAAAAUAACAUCGGAAAACCUCAUGAUACAGAUAUGGCAGUGAACUUGGAGAAUGGUCAUGCUCCCGCAGAAGAAAUUCCCCUCAAUCGACUUUGAUUAUGUAUAAUAAUGUAUAAUUAUGUAUUAUUUGAAUGGAGAAAAAGUGUGGUGAAUUAAUUCACAAUGCAGAAUGUAGCGCUAUGUAAUGUGUGUGUUCUAAAUUUAUCAGGGGUAGUUGACAUUUUCAUACUUCCUGAUAAUAACUGUGCAUAAUAAUCACUAGAGGAAUCAUAUCUCAGGAUGUUGGUUGGAUGUGGACAAUUGUCCUGCUGAGGAGGUGAUGUCUCAUUAUACUAGACUUGAUACUGAAAAAAAUCAUAACAUUAGCAUGCAUGACUGAUACUUUAAAAUGUUACGGCUUUACUAGAACAAAGGUCAUUACCAUGGAGUACACUUUACUAAAUAACAUAUCAU